AUGGAAAUCAAAUCAGCGACCACAUCCGCCGACGCAUAUGCGGCUCCCUCCGACGAGGGCCAGAUGCAGCCCGUGUCCCGCUGGCAGCAAUGGCGUCACUAUUGGACCAGCCGCGAAGGCUGGAUAGGCGACUACGACUAUUUGUAUCUGAUUACCCCUGACAUCUGGCCUCUGAACCGCAAGUACAAAGGGGUCGACCCUCCAUUCUACGGACUCAACGACCAAGUCCCCAUCCUGCUCACCCUUCUCCUCGGCCUGCAGCAUGCCUUGUCUAUGAUCGGAUCAGUCGUCUCGCCACCGUUGGCCAUCGCUGGCGGAGCGUUCUACCUUGAUUCCGAUCAGACCCAGUAUCUCGUCUCCGCUGCCUUUAUAACGACCGGCAUUGCAACCGCCAUGCAGGUCACACGGCUACACAUCCUCGGCACACCACUGUACAUCGGAACGGGCUUGCUGUCCGUCGUUGCGCCCACGUUUGACAUCUUAGCUGUUGCCUUCAAUUAUACCGAGCGCCGCUACACCCUCGGUACGUGCCCGACCGACUCAGAUGGUGGUCGUCUCCCGUGCCCAGAAGCAUGGGGCGCCAUGCUCGGUACGAUGCUAUGCACUGUCUGGGUGCAGAUUGCCAUGUCGCUAGUUCCACCGAGGAUUCUCAACCGGAUAUUCCCCAAGGUCGUCACUGGAAGCCUGCUUCUCCUGAUUGGUGUAUAUCUUAUCGGCAACGGGAUGCAGAACUGGGGUGGAUCGCCGAACUGUAACGGAGGAUCGGGAUUCUACGCCCUGGGCGACCCGAAACUGAUCGGCCUCGGAUUCAGCGUCUUUGCCACAAUCGUCCUCCUCGAAUUUGUGGGCUCCCCUCUGAUGAAAUCGGCCUCAGUCAUCCUCGGUCUUGCAAUCGGUUGCGCCAUUUCCGGUGGGACGGGGUACUGGUCGCGGGAUCAAAUCGACGCUACACCUAUUGGGACAUUUCUCUGGGUGCACACCUUCAAGCUGUCUGUCGACGGAGCAUUAGUCUUGCCACUGCUCAUCCUAUUUGUUUGUGAGGCUGUCAGCUGCAUGCCGGAUAUCCUCGCUACGGCAGAAAUCUCCAAGCUUGAGAUUGAUGGACCCGAGUUCCACAGUCGCAUACAAGGUGGAAUCCUCUGCGACGGCCUUGGAAGUUUGAUCAGCGCGCUGGGCACCUCGCUGCCCAUGGUCAGUCAAGCCGGGAACAAUGGUGUCAUCUCUCUGACUGGCUGCGCAAGCCGUCGAGCAGGCUGGUGUGCCUCUGGCAUUCUCAUCCUAAUGGGGAUUCUCGGCAAAUUUGGUGCAGUUUUUGGGUCUAUGCCCCCUUCCGUGCUCGGAGGUAUGCAGGUAUUCCUCUAUAGCACUAUUGCUGUUGCCGGCGUUCGCGUUCUCGCCUUGAUCACCUUUACUCGGCGCAACCGGUUUAUUCUGACUGCAGCAUUGGGCAUCGGUUUCGUGGAUAUCGUGUCGCCUAACUGGUUUAGCAAGGUCCUCGCGUACGAUGGGGACAAUUACUCGUUGGAAGGAUUCCUACAGGGCGUGAACCUCAUUGUGGAAACACCGUUCAUCAUUGCAGCAGUAGUGGGCGUUUUGCUGAAUCUGGUACUGCAUGAGAAGGACGAGGAGCAGGCCCUGCCUACUUAG